AUGUUGUAUUUGAAAAAUUAAAAUUUCCAUACAAAGAAAGAAAAUUAAAUUAAAAACGAUUUUAUUCGACUUUGUAAGGAGUAAAACUAAAUAUGUUAUUAUAAAUUUUAAAUAAGAAGUCCAUAUUUUCAAUUUUUUAUCUAGCUAUUUAUUGCAAGUAUCUUCAGUUAAUCCUUACUUAUUGCCUAAUUUAUUAUAUUAAAAAUAAGAUAUGAUUUAAUUAAUACUUAUUUUAUUGGAGAAAAAGAUUAAAUAAUUAAACAAUUGUUAAAUGUUUACUUCAUGUUACUCUCAAUGAUAACUUUUGUGAUAUUUUAUCAAAUAGGAACCAAAAUUUUUAAUAGAUUAGCAUUAUAAUUUAUCAUCUUAUAAUUAUUUAUAAAUAUAUAGAAUAUCAUAUUCUAUAUUUUUUAAUUGUAGUGUAUGGAUUUUGAAAAAUGGAAUAUGUAUUAAAUUAAUUUCUUUAAUCUUGUUAUAAAAUGAAGGUAUGAUUAAUUAUUUGAUAAAAUUGAGUUACUUGAAUCUUAUUGUUCCAGCAAUAAACUCUAUUUUUGGAAAAAAAUUAAAUUGUAUAGAUUUAAAAUAAAAAAAACUAAUAAUAAAACUUAGAGAGAAGCAAAUUAGUUAAUUUAAUUAAGAGAAUUUAAUUUCUAUUAAAAAAUAAAUUGCUAUGAGUAAAAUUAUUUCUAUAAGCAUGAUGUUUGGAUUACAAUAUCAAUUAAUUAUUCCAUUUUCAAUGCUUUCAUUAUUAAUUGUAUAUUAGAUUGAUAAAUAUCUAUUUAUAAACUAUGCUAUACCUGUUUUAAAGGAUAAAUAUGAAGAAAUGCUACAAGGUGGUUAUUUCUUAUUUAAUAUUAUUAUGUUAUUUGUAUUUUUUUAGCAAUGUUUUUUUUUUCUUUUUUUUAAGGAUUGGAUUACUAUUAUUCUAUAUAUCAUUUUUAUUUUAAUAUAAUAAUUAAAGAGCUUACUAAUAAAGUGGUGA